AUGGCGAUGGACGGGAUGAUGUCCACGUCUCCGGGUCUGUCUUACCAGACUGCGGGGGAUUUCUACCCCAGAAAGUUCGGAUCCAAGCCGGACGUGGUUCCGUCCGGGGUGACCGAGCGGAAGGUGGUUCCGCUGGACAAACCGGACAUGGUGUCGGUGGACGUCAUCAACAUCAAAGAGCCAGACGCUGCCGUGCACCGGAAGAAGCAGGAGCACGACGCCUACGUCCUGGGCACCAUCCACCCGUUCAGGAAGGCGCAUCGCUCCGUCUUUGGGAAGCUGCUGCAGGAGCUCAGGCUGGUGUCCUCCGACAGACGGUCGUGGAGGAUCCUGCUGUUCGGAGCGCUCAACCUGCUCUGCACCGGCUGUCUGCUCAUGUGGUGCAGCUCCACCAACAGCAUGGCGCUGACUGCCUACACAUACCUGACCAUCUUUGACCUGUUCAGUCUGAUCACCUGUCUCAUCAGCUCCUGGGUGACGAUGAAGAAGCCCAGUCAGGUCUACUCGUUCGGGUUUGAAAGGCUGGAGGUUCUGGCGGUCUUUGCCUCUACGGUCCUCAUCCAGCUGGGAGCUCUGUUCAUCCUGAAGGAAAGUGUGGAGCGCUUCAUGGAGCAGCCGGAGGUGCACACGGGUCGUCUGCUGGUCGGGACGCUGGUGGCUCUGUUCUUCAACCUGCUGACGCUGCUGUCCGUCAGGAACAAGCCCUUCACCUACGUCUCUGAAGCGGCCACCAGCAGCUGGCUCCAGGAACACGUGGCGGACCUCAGUCGAAGCCUGUGUGGUAUCGUUCCGGGUCUCAGCAGCGUCCUGCUGCCGCGCAUGAACCCGUUUGUCCUGAUCAACAUGGCCGGAGCGCUGUCCCUCUGCGUCACCUACAUGCUGAUAGAGAUCAAUAACUACGCGGCGGUGGACACGGCGUCGGCGGUGGCCAUCGCCCUCAUGACCUUCGGCACCAUGUACCCGAUGAGCGUUUACAGCGGCAAAGUUCUGCUGCAGACCACGCCCUCACACGUCAUCGGCCAGCUGGACAAACUCCUCAGAGAGGUGUCGACUCUGGACGGGGUUCUGGAGGUCCGUAACGAGCACUUCUGGACCGUCGGCUUCGGCUCGUUGGCCGGCUCCGCCCACGUCCGGAUCCGCAGGGACGCCAACGAGCAGCUGGUUCUGGCCCACGUCACCAACCGGCUGCUGCCGCUCGUCUCCACGCUGACGGUCCAGCUCUUUAAGGACGACUGGACCCGGCCCCUGCUGAGCGGCGUGCUGUCCUCCCCGGCCGCUCCGCCUCCUCUGGCCCCCGCCGAGAGCUACGCCUCCUCCUUCCCCCCGGCGCCGUACCCGUCUGCUGUGGCGGGAGGGGGUUUCGACCCGCUGACCUCCACCCCGUCCAAACCCAGCAGCCCUCCCCCGGAGUUCUCCUUCGACACGCCGGGUCGGAACAUGCAGCCGCUGGUGCUGCCCGCUCCGGGGCCACACACCCACAGGCCCUACGGCGGCGUGGGGCUCUCCUACGGGGCGCCGCCGUACGCGGGGGUGCUGGGUCAGGAUCCGGCCCGGCCCAGGCAGGGCUUCGGGGCGCCGGGUCUGGGCCUCCCCUCCUCUCAGAGCUACAGGACUGCCUUCGUAGGCGCGCCGGCUCCGCUCCGGUUUGGAACCAGCAACCCCGCGGCCCCUCAGUCCCAGUACAGACAGUACCGGCCCUGACUGAACCCGGCCCAGAUCGUCGGCGGGUCGAGGGAGAACUGCUGGUUUUGGUGUCGGUGGCUGCAGAGAAGCAGCCAGAACUUAUUUAUUCAGGGAAACGAGCCGCCGGGUUUUUGUUUGUUGGGUUUGAUGAUAAAAUCACAGCGAGAACGACCAGAACCUCAAAAUGGGUCUGACUGUAAAGCUGGAAAAAAAGGUUUGAAUCAAAAUAAACUUUAUUCAGAAGGCAGCGAUGAAGACCUGGCGUGGUGCCGCCCUGUUGAUGAAGAUCCACUGAGGAGAAACAGCUCUGAGGAAACUUUGAGUUUAAUAAACCUUCAAAGUGAUAAAAAUGAAUCUUUCUGACCCCAGAGCUGUUGGUCCAUUCACACACAGAAACGUUUCCAAAUUCAGGACCAAAAAUCUGACGCAUUUAGUGAAAUAUUCUGUUUAUUUUGUACCAAAAACAUUUUAAUAAAUGAAUCCCGUGUUUUUCUGCAGGUCACCAUCGUCAUAACCGUCCACUUUUUACUUUUAAACCACUUUAAAACAAUAAACAUUCCACCAUGACGGGGAUCAGUGUGUUUCUGUUUAAUGAGAAUCUUCCCGGGAACUGAAUGGCCACCAGAGGGCAGCAGCGAGGCAUCAGGCAGUGACCCAAGCAUCUGACGGUUAAAACCACAACGUCCCUCCAGACUCAGUCAGUGCAUUCUAGAUUUGAGCGUCUUUGGUCUUAAUCCCCAGUGAGUGAAGGCCGUGUUAUUGUUUUCAUUUGAUAGUUUUGUGUCCGAUCUGUCGACUAAUCCUUCCAUGAAUAACUGGGAAUUAAGAUUGUAUUUUCUAUGAAAUCUCAUUGGAGGCGCCUCUCUGGAAAACCUACAUGCAGGAUUCUGGCUGUGGGCAGAGCAACAUAUUAAUAUAGCAGAUUAUGUAAAAACAUGCACUGCAGCCAUAUAUUAAAAAAUGUAAAUGGAAA